GACAUGAAGUGAUUGGAGAAAAUUAUCAGUUUGAUAUGAAUUCACUCUCCUUUUACAUAUCAAGGCAGUACUUGAGUUUUCAAUCUCUUUUCUCAACCAAGCUUUAUACUAGGCUUUUGCUUGAAGACCUGAGGCCAAAAUGUAUAGCGGGAAUUACGUUCAGGGAACAAUCUUCCCAGCUCCAAAUUUUGAUCCUGUUAUGGAUGCCCAGAUGCUAGGAAGUGCCCUGCAAGGAAUAGACUGCAAUAAAGAUGUGCUGAUUGAUAUUCUAACACAGCGCUGCAAUGCACAGAGACUCAUGAUUGCUGAAGCUUACAGGAACAUGUAUGGCAGGGAUUUGAUUACAGAUCUGAAAGAAAUUCUCUCACAUCACUUCAAGGAAGUUAUGGUUGGCCUGAUUUAUCCACCAGUAUCCUUUGAUGCCCAUGAACUCUGGCAUGCCAUGAAGGGAGCUGGGACAGAGGAAAACUGUCUAAUUGAUAUAUUAGCCUCAAGAUCAGUCGAAGGAAGAAUCUUCCAGGAUGAAAGCUACUGUUCUCAAUAUAACAGUGACCUUCUUCAAGACAUUUAUUCUGAGACCUCUGGUCACUUCAGAGAUACACUUAUGAAUCUUGCUCAGGGAACCAGGCAAGAGGGAUAUGCAGACCCUGCUAUGGCUGCUCAGGAUGCUAUGGUCAUCUGGGAAGCAUGCCAGCAAAAAAGUGGGGAACACAAAAACAUGCUGCAAAUGAUUCUAUGCAACAAGAGUUAUCAGCAGUUGUGGAUGGUUUUUCAGGAGUUUCAGAGUAUCUCUGGACAAGAUAUAGUAGAUGCCAUUACUGAAUGCUAUGAUGGAUAUUUUCAGGAACUACUGAUAGCAAUAGUUCUAUGUAUGAGAGAUAAAGCUUCCUAUUUUGCUUAUAGACUUUACACCGCAAUUCAUGAACUAGGAUUUCAUAACAAAACAAUCAUACGGAUUCUGAUUUCCAGAAGCGAAACAGAUCUGAUGAAUAUAAGACAACGCUAUAAGGAGAGAUAUGGAAAAUCACUGCUUCAUGAUAUCAAACAUUUUGCCUCUGGACACUAUGAAAGUGCUUUACUUGCCAUCACUGCUGGAGAUGCUGAAGACUAUUGAAAAGGAAAAAAACAGUUCUGGAAUCAAAAAAGUUCUAAGCAGCAAACUUUUUAAUAGUAAUCCAAAUGGAAGACUGUGUUUCACUGUCUGCUAUUACUUUAAUGUGACCCAGAGUUGUGAAUUAUUUUAAGCAAAUCACAGCUUUUACUUAACAGACUAUUGACCUUAUCUGACUUCACUACCCAUCUAGUCCUUAUGUUCUGCAGUGUUCCACCAUAGCACUGUGGGAAGAUCAGUUUCCUAAUCACUUGUCCCUCCACCCUUAAUUCUCUGCAGAACUCACACUGGUUCAGGUCAAUUUCUGAUCUAAAGGAUUCUGGAACCAUGUGCGUACCUCCACACGUUAGUCACAUUGCCUUUUUUAAAGAAAUCCUGGCUAAUGCUGUGAUACACACAGUGGUACUCAAGUUUAAAAUUCAACCCCUUAUAACAGUCUGUCAUUGCAGAAAUAAAAAUGCUGUAUAUCCAAGUACUCUGAUUGGUCGGACCUGUUGAUUACAGUUCUAAUGACCUGAUCUUUCAUACUACUAUGCUAAGCUGUCUACUCUUAGAUCAGGGAUAAGAUAUGGAUAAUUAUUUUCUAAUUCCAAUGAUGACACAUAGUGCCCCUCCCCAUCCUUCCAGUAUAUCCCAUUCAAAUCCUUUGAACUGUAUUGUGAUUCAGUAACUGAAAACAAUACAGUCUUCUAUAUCUACUCCUUAAAAGUAAGAGAUCUGGAAAAAAUGGGGCAACACUGGACUUUCCUUAUCUAGUUGCCAAAUAAGUAGUGCUAUUUUAGCAACUGCAAUACAAAUGGAACAGAACAUUGAUAAAAAUUGGACUGCCAAACAACAAAGAUUAACAUUUGCAUAAAGCUGGAUCCAACCCAAGUAUUAUACAAAAAAUGACACAUAUUUUAACAACUGUAAGACCUCUUUUAUUCCUUUUCCUAGUGAUGCUGUUGGGUUUAUAAUUAAGUCAUCUUGUUUAAGCUCUUUCUUAAGCAAGACCUACUAUCAAUUACAGAAAUAUUUCCUUAUGCCACAAUUUCACAACUGUUGGAUUAACACUAAAUAAAUCUGCAACAAUCCUGCAGAAA